AUGGAAGAUGAUUGGAUCACAUUGAAAGAAAAAGAAUGCAUUGACGAUGGCGAUAACGAUAUGGCAUUUACUGUUUCAUUUCUUCCAAAUACCGGCAACAAAUAUUUCUUGGCUACUACAGAUGAUACAGUUAAAUUAUACGAUUUUGAAACAGGCCAGCUUUUACAAACUUUUGAAGAAUUAUAUUCGCAAUAUUGUGAUUGUGGGAAAUUCAUACAUCCAGUAGAACCAUUGAAAUCAUCAUCAAAGCUUAUUAUUCCUCAACACGCUUAUUUUAUAACUAGAGGUGUUGAGAUGUUAAAAAAAUCUGAACAUGAAAGAAUAGUGGUCAAUCAAGUAAUGUCAAAUUUUAUAUUCUCUCCAAAAAAUAAGCAAACCUCAACAGUGUCAUCUGGCUUAAAUCGUCUAACAACUCUUUCACCAUUAGCAAGUCUAAAACUUAAUCUUGCUACAUUUUUAUCAGAUUCGGAGCGUACCGGUCGAAUCGAAUAUUCGGAUUCGGAUUGGGUUCGAACCAGAUUAGAAUUAGUAAUUUUGGGAUAG